AUGCGCGAAAUCUAUUGCGGUGGCUCACUGCUCGAAGCAGUCCAGAAAGCCAAGAUUUUUCACGAUUGCAAACAUUUCGUCGACAUGCCACUCAAAGUUGAUGCACAAUCGACUUUGCACGACUGGCAAGCGUUGAUUUCGUGCGGAGGACAGAUCGAUGAGGGUGCAUUGCGGCACUUCGUCGAGAGCCAUUUCGAUGAGCCAGGAGGCGAGUUGGAUGCGUGCCAGCCGAGCGACUUCGAUCCGGAGUGCGGCAAAUUCGAAACAAUCAACUGCCCCUCCUAUCGACAAUGGGCCAAGGAAUUGCAUCGCAAAUGGCCAACACUUUGCCGCAAGGUAAGCAUGCAUUUUCAAUUCGUACACAUUUAGUU